CUAUUAAUUGACUUGAAAUUUUGGCAAAAAAAAAAAUACUGAAUUUGCAAUUAGCAAUAACAAAAGUCUGCCACUUUUAUCUGCGUCUGUUUCAUUGCAAAACUUUAUUCCAAAUACGUUGUUAUUAGUAUAUAUGUGUGGCAAAUAUUGGAUUUGGUCUUUUUAAAAUCCUAAUUUCAUUAAAAGUAUGAGCAAAUUUUUCGACGAUAAACUGACUUUCUCUCUCUCUCUCUCUCUUUUUCUUUCUCCGUUGGCCUCGCCAGCUCUGGUUACCUUGAAAAUGGCAGGCACGCGAACAAGUGCCGCGAUUCAAUUUAUGAUUUGAAACAAACAAACAACAACAACAAAACAGAUUAAUUUCGUUUACGCCGACUAUCUCUGCGAUGCUGUUGGUGUUGCUACACUCGAACUAUUUUUUUUUCUCUUCAGUACACACUUUGUUUGUUUGUUUAUUUGUUGCAUGUGUGUGUGUAGUGAAAUGUGCUUACUAUUAAUGAUGAAAUGAAAAAAAUGUUGUAUAUUGGAAAUGGCUAUGAUUUUUUUCCAACGCCGGUGAAUGGAUUGAGAGAUGACAUGCGCGCCCAUCUCAACAGCAUUUAAUCUUCAAUAUAUAGUUUUAUUAUUAUUAUUUUUUUCGUUUUUCAUUUUACAAUCGAAGGCAUGUUGAAUUUCUUAAUCGCACAAUAGUUAUUAUUUUAAUGAAAAAAAAAAAAUAACUGAAAAAAAAAUCAGUAACAAAUUAAAACACACUAUGGAUCUAACGAGAAAUAAUGGAGAAGAAACAUUACAGCCAAAAGAAUGGCAGCGUCUAUCCGAAUGGAUUCAUUGCAUAUGUGUAGUUACAUUCGAUCUGGAAUUAGGCCAAGCAAUGGAGGCCAUUUAUCCUGCUUCGGUGGAAUUAUCAGAAAAAGAAAAGUUAAAUAUUUGUUAUUUGGCAUUUCCCGAUUCGAAUUCCGGUUGCAUUGGUGACACACAAUUUCAUAUUCGUUUACGCGUUGCACCGGGCACCAAGAAUACCCUGCUUAAUUCCGAAUUACAACGAUUCAGCCUACAAUGUGUAACCGUUCAACGGCCAGAUCUAGGCCACUAUUGGGGUUUUGUGUUCUUUCGUCAAAAUAAAGACACAUCAUUACCACGAGGAUAUUUUCAAAAGAGUGUAAUAUUGCUGUCACGAUUACCGUUUAUAAAUUUAUUUUAUGAAAUGUUGGCAAUUAUAGCACCAAAAUACUUUGCUGGCGGUGAGGUUGUGUUACAUAAUGCAUGUUUAGAUAUUAGCAAUUGGCCGUCGUUACAGGCGGGCGAAUGUAUGGAAUUACCAUUGUUGGGAACACUAUUUCAAACGUAUAUUCCAAGUUUAACAUCGGCAAAUUUACAACAGCCGCAUACGUCAAUGCAAUCAGUAGCUAGCAAUCAGAUUGAAGAUGUGAAAAAUUCAUCGUCCAAUUCUAUAACGAAUGCCAACAAUACGACCAUAACAUCAAAUGAAAUCAAACCAUCGCUCGAUACAAGUUCAACGAGCGAUGUGUGUGCGGAUGAAUUAAAUGUUAAAAACGAUAAUCGAUUGCUGAAUAAUGAUAAUAAAACAAACAGUAAUGCGAUUUCAUCACGUGAAGAUAUUUUAGAUAGUUAUAAACAGUCAAAGGAAAUGUUUUUAGCUCAAAAAUUAAAUAAACAGCCGGAUUCGCCAUGUGAUAGCAAUUCUAGUAAAUCGACUGGUGCCAAUAAUGCGAAUAAUGAUUAUGAAAAUGAAAAUGGUGGCAGCGGUGAUGGUGAUGAUGCCGAUGUGGAUUUAGAUGAUUAUUUUGAUGAAAACUACAGUGAUAAACUUGAUGAAUUGACAACAGCCAAUACUCAUUUAGAAUCAAGUACAAAAAUUGAAAGACCGUUACGCUUUCAGCAGUCCGUUUCAAAAACACCAAUUGUACUGCAAUCUGUGACAGAAAUUGAUAUUUUUCGAAGUUUAUAUACGGUUCUAUCGUAUACACAUUUACUGUGGGAAUUGGUUUUAACGGCCGAACCAAUCGUUAUCAUGGCCACAUCUCCAAGUGAUUGUUCGCACAUGGUUCAAUCAUUGAUGAGUUUGAUAUCACCAUUGCCAUACGCAGCUGAGGCUAGACCAUAUUUUACCAUACACGAUAGCGAAUUUAAAGAAUUUACACAGCGUCAACAAGGGCCUGUGCCAAUAAUUUUGGGCGUUACAAAUCCAUUUUUUUCGAAAACACUGCAACAUUGGCCACAUCUUAUUCGAAUGGCUGACAAUAAUAAUGGAUCGAAUUUGGGUGUGAAUGCAACAAAUAGUCCGUCUACCUCGAGCAUGCUCACUCAACAAGGAUUACGAAAAUUGAAAAUUUUUACGAAAAUUCUUGACACACCGCCCGGUGUUUAUACACAAUACAAGCCAUUCCUGCAAAAAGAUAAAACCAUAAUACGGAAGCUAUUGGCCGGUGUAAAGAAACAACGUCCAGCCGAAGUACAAUCAGCCAUAUUACGUCGUCAUUUAUUGGAAUUAACGCAAAGUUUUAUGAUUCCGUUGGAACGAUACAUGGCAUCGUUGAUGCCAUUACAAAAGGAUAUAUCAGCAUUCCGUGCAGCGCCAGCACCAAAUCAUUUCAAGCAAGAUUGUUUCUUGGCCACUCUCGAACAAUCUGGUCCACAGUUGACGUCACCGUUAAAAGGCGAUUGGUCUGGUUUGUACAAACGUUUCUUUCGUUCGCCCAAUUUUCAAGACUGGUACGAAUUACGAUACCGUGAACUCACCCAAACUCUACAACAUCUACAAAUGCAAGCGCUAUCGAACACGAAUCUAAAACAAUGGGUUGUGGGCAAGCAUGAAGUUGAAAUCGUUGAUAUGAUUUUGAAAGUGAAGCAGAAGCUUAAAAUAUGCAAUGAAAUUUCAAUGGAUGGUUUGCCACAAGUGGUCAUCGCACAGAAUGAACAUACACGCAAGCAAUUGCAUCGACACUUAGAAGACAUGAAACGAUUUCUUCCAGACGAUCUUAAUAAAAUUCUAAGCAACUAAUAAAAUCAUGCGUAUCGCGUUUUGUUCAACGAUGUUACAUUCACAAACAAAAUGCAAUUGCAACAAUGAUAUUUUGAAAAAAAAAAAAAAAAAAAAAAAAAACUAUUUCUCCACCUUCUUUAUUUGUUAGUAUUUUUUAAGUGUAUAAAAAAAAAUCUGAAACUUCGGUUAAAAAUUGUUGCUGUUUAGAGAGAAAAUUGACAUUAGUUUAUGAAAAAUUCCGUGAAUGAGAGGAAACAAAGAAAAAAUUAUGUUUUUUUAGCCGAAAGAAAAGAAAUUAUCUGUAUAAGUAGUUAAUUAUGCUGGAAACGAUGCCAAUCAAUUCAAAUAAUAAUAAACCAAUUUUUACUUUUUAA